AACCUGUUCAUCUGAUUGGCAGCUCAUGCAGAAAUGUGGAAUCAGAAGAACCAGAAAGCCCCACGAAGUUCGGCUCUGGCCCGGGCACAGGCUCAGCUCUCCGGGCAGAGGGUGCGGAGUGUGGAUCAAGAUAAAACCAAAGAUGAGCUGCAGGAGUACAUGGAGGCUCUGACUAGGAAGACCCAGUCUCUAAGAGAGAGCCAGAAUCUGGACGGCUUUCCGGGUGAUGAUCCUGACUUGGAAACAAAAGAGAAUCAGUUUCUGCGAGCCCAGGAAGCCUUCACCAGGCUCUCGGUGGACAACCCAUUUCUCAAGAAGGCACCACAGGCUGUGAAGAGCAGCCAGCCUCCAGCAGCCAGAAAUAUCAAACCAGGACCAGGACCCAAUGCCCGGAGCUCAACCAGUGCUGCCCUCAACAAAGUGGCACAAAUUGAGAACCGAAUUAAGAACAGACGGUUAGCCAGUGCUGCGGCAGCAUCGGCUGAUCGAGACAUAAGCCUUAUGAGUUCGGAUGAAUUGCCAUUUUCUGCCCAUUCCAGUGGUGACUACAACGGUAGAGGUGAUCAGUUUCUGAAAAGGAAGCCACAAGCCUUGAAACAAGAAGUCAUUUCUAUGGUUGCCACCGACAGCGAUGAAGAAGAUAUGAAGAAAUUGUUGGGGAGCUCGGUGGAAAUGUCUGAGGAGAAUCGGCGAAGACCCUUUACUCCACAAAGCCCUGAACACAUGCCUUUCUUAAAGACGGGGCAGCGGCGUUCCAUCACCCCUCUCCACAGGAACCUUCAUCAGUCCCUUUCCAGAACUCCCUCCCCACCCAGCAAAGGUUCCCCACGGCACCCAGGCUUCAGAAUGCACUCAAUGCGGACUCCGUCCCCUCGCCGGUUCCGCGCUUAUUCUUCCUUGAGCUCUCCCAAAGGAUUUCGUUCCCCAACUCCUACCCCACCUAGUGGCCACUCGCCUCGGAGGGUGCUGUCACCGAGGGCGAGAUUGCUAAGGAGGUCUUCAUCAUCUUUGUCCACUAGGAGUGAUGCCAGGUCUGUGGAGGAUUUGUAUGCUGAGGCAGGGCUGACAGAGGACAAGAUUAGUGAACAAAGUGAAAGUUCAGAUGAUUUUAAGAUGAAUAUAAUGACCAUUGAUGAUCUGGAGCCCGCCCUGGAGGAGAAGGUGAAGACUGACAAAUCGGAUGCAAAACGGGCACAGACGGUGAAGGUUGAAACGAAACAGGGCAGCAGAGCAACUCGUCCGCCCGACAAGGAUAAGCCCCGUAUUGCAACUGAGCAUGAAGCCACAUAUGAGAGUGACUUUGAAAGCGAAAUCCUCACAGAAAAGUCCAUCAGUGAAAUCUCUGAACACUUGGGUGUGGGUUCACUUGCUGACAGCAUCGAGGAAGAGGUCUCCAAAGAGGGGCAGUCUUUGGAGGGAGAAGAGCAAAGUGAUAGCGCCGGCUCAAGGUCUGAAGCCCCCAGCUCCCAAACGUCUAGGAGCAGCUCCCACUCGUCUAAUUCAUCAUCUUCGGCUCAAACGCUUACUCAGUCCUGGUCUGCAACCCCAGCCCCAUGCAAACGGCCAAAGGCACGAGAAAUCGCUGUGCAGACUCAGACCCCUGGGUUUGCCUACAGCUGGGCCAGAGGUGAUGCUGUUUUGCGUCCAUCCGUAGGAAUGUCGUAUGUGGAUCCAACACCCAUCGCCAGUCAUGCUGUCAGCCCCGAUGCCAUAGAAGCUCUGACUGCUUACAGUCCUGCUGUGUUUGCUCUAAACGACAUGCUGAAGCAGCAGUUGGCUUUGACCAGACAAUUUAUUGAGAGCAGUCAACAAAUGUACUCAUCUGUGCUGCAGUCACUGGGUCCGGAUGACUACCACUACACAACCCUAGAAGAAACCAAGCAGUUCAUCCAAAGUCACAAGCCACCAAUGCUGACUGUGGACCAGGCUCUAAAGGAGGUGCUUCAGGAGAUGAAAGAGUACCACUACAUCUGAAGUGUCAAUCUGAAGAAGAAUCUGCUAAGGUUACAAACUGAGCUUCAUCACAAAGAGACAAGGCCAUGACAUGAUACAGUAAAACAGAAUGGACUUGCAGAAAAGGGCACAAAGCCAGGAUUUAUAUUUUUUUAUUCUGAAUCUUUUUGAGAUAUUAAAAAUUCUUUUGUCACAA